AUGGCCGAGGAAUCCAUCAUCCGCAUCCCCCCACACCACUACAUCCACGUGCUGGACCAGAACUCAAACGUGACCCGCGUCGAGGUGGGGCCGCAGACCUACAUCCGCCAGGACAAUGAGCGGGUUGUCUUCCCCCCAGCCAAGAUGGUGACAGUGCCCCCCCAGCACUACUGCACGGUGCUGCACCCUGUGGUGCGGGCGUCGGGUGCUGGGGUGCAGUUCGAUGCCUCGGGGCAGGCACUGCUGCAGCACGCGGACCUGGAGAUCCAGCUCAGCCAGCCCCCCUCCCCCCUCUACCUGGGGGAGGAGAUCCAGCAGGGGAUCACGGCCCUGCAGGUGGUCCUUCCAAACACCGCUCUGCACCUCAAGGCCCUGCUGGAUUUUGAGGACGAUCAGGGUGGGAAAUACAUGGCCGGGGACAAGUUCUUCUUUGAGGGGCCAGGCACCCACAUCGUGCGGACUGGGGUGGAGGUGGUGAUCAUCCAGGCCACCGUCAUCCGCCACAACCAGGCCAUCCGGCUCCGGGCCCGCAAGGAGUGUACAGACCAGGAGGGGACCUGGCGAGUCACAGGUGAGGAGUGGCUGGUGAAGCGAGUGGGUGCUUAUCUCCCUGCCAUGUUUGAGGAGGUGGUUGACAUUGUGGAUGCUUUUGUGCUGACGGAGAAGGGGGCGCUGCAUCUCCGCACCACCAAGACCUUCCGGGACCCGGAGGACAUGGUGCGCCGGACUGGGGAGGAGUGGCUGGUGACACUAGCUCAGAGUGAGGCCUACAUCUCCAACGUCUACGAGGAGGUGGUGGGCAUUGUGGACAUCACCACGCUGAGCUGCCGCCAGUACUGCGUGGUGUGCGACCCAGUGGGGCCCAAUGGCAAGCCCCAGCUGGGCCAGGAGAAGGUGAUCAAGGGGGAGAAGUCGUACUUCCUGCAGCCAGGGGAGUCUCUGAAGGAGGGGAUCCAAGACAUCCUCUCUGAGGAGGAAGGGCUGCUGCUGCAAGCACUCAGCAAGCUGGAGGACUCAGAUGAGGACGGCGGUGAGCUGCAGCAGAAGCCGGGCGAUUGCUGGCUCAUCCGGGGGCCCCUGGAGUACGUGCCGCUGAUGGAGGUGGAGGUGCUGGAGCGGCGCCGCGCCACCCCGGGCGAGAACGAGGUCAUCUACAUGUGCAACAUCAAGACAGGCAAGGUGCGGGCGGUGAUCGGUCACACCUACAUGCUGACGGAGGCCGAGGAGCUCUGGCAGAAGGAGCUUCGCUGCGGCUCCGGCUGCGGCUGCGGCGGCGGCGGCUUGGGCACGCGGCGGGGAGGCUCUUUACCUUUCUCGCAGCCCCGCGCAGGGACGGAGGGGACGCCGGGGCCGGGGCCGGGCCGGGCCCGGGGCCGGCAGCGCCUGGCUGACCCGCGGGCGCGGGCUUUCUCGUGCGAUGGCGGCAGGAGCCAGGCUCGGCUCGGCUCGGCUGGGAACGCGGGAGAGCCCCGCCUGCUUCCCCGCGCCGGCAGAGAACCCAGGCGUCCGGGCGCCCGCGCCGGCAGAGAACCCAGGCGUCCUGCCCACCCGCAACAUGGCCGCCAGCCCCUCCUGCCAGCCCCCGUCACUUCCCCUCGCCAUGUUGCCGCGGUGACCGGGCUGCGGCAGGAGGAGGCGGAUUUGGGGGAGGGGAGGCGGCAGCGCCGCACACCCGGCGUGGGGGAGGGGCGGCGGCAGCCGGCGCCAGCAGGGCCAAGCCCCGGCGGAGGGGCCAGGAUUUGGGGGUGCACGGGACGGGAGGGGCUGCAUUAG